AUGUACCGAGCAUCACCGGAAGGACAUGACAAUCACUCCGGAGCAGUUUUUGUAACGAUCUUGCUGGGGAAAACUUGCUCUGUUGUCAUCAAAACUGGUUCUCGGGUUGUCAAGAUGGGGGCAGAUGUUGUGAAAUUUGACUUUUGGGUUAUCGGGAUUGACUCGCGACUUGUCGAAAUCAGUUUACGACUCGUAGAAGUUCACUUUCGAGGGGGCAUGCCGGGAGCGUUGGCGAAAUCUCGGAGCACAGGCGUGAAGCCAAGCAGUAGCAGCUGGGUGCGCCAGAAUUUCAUUGUUGGUGAAGUGCUCGGCUCCGGUUCCUACGGUAAUGUUUAUCACAUUGCCAGCCGCCGUCGUCCAGGAACGUACUAUGCGUUGAAAGAGCUUGCACGGAACAGUGCCCCAAAAUACAUAGCCACUGAGCUGCGCAUAAUGCAACGAUGCGGUGGUGCGCACAACAUAAUGCGAAUGCAUGCCGCCUAUCGUGAGAAGGACCGUGUUUUCAUCAUCAUGGAUUACUUCGAACAUACACCAACCAAGGUAAAAACAGCCCUUCGCCUUUUGGUGUCUUAA